ACAGCUGAUCUCGGUAGUAUGGAGGUGUUAUGAGUGCGGCCCGAUUUCCUCCUUUUUCUCGUUAUUUAUUUUCGUUUAACGCGAACAAAUGCAGUUCCGGUGAAGGCUUUCGGCUAGAAAGACAGUAGUGGAUUAAAAUAAGAUAGAGUGCAAUCGAUGCACGAGUUUCAUUUAGUUGCCUAGCACAAUUCGUUCGCGGAGUGACAAAAAUGGACAGCGAAAAGUGCAAAAUAAAGUUGGAUAGUCCGGAGAAUGCAUACUACGCGGGACAGGAAAUCAAAGGGCAGCUCUCCAUUGUUCUGACGAAGAAGACGAAAAUCCGGGGUAUUUACUUCAAAAUCUACGGCUACGGAAAAUGCAGUUGGUGUGAAUUUCUUCAGCGGGAAUCUGAUCAAGCACCACGAGAAAAGGGUCAAUCUUCAUCACUUGUGUACUCCAGCAAGGAAGAUUACCUUUCCAAUAAGUCAUAUAUAGUAGGCUCAAAAUCUGGUCGUCCUAUCGAACUGGAUGUAGGAACUCAUACGUAUGAAUUUAGCUACACUCUAGAAAGAAAUUUACCGUCGACAUUCAAGGGCAAUUAUGGUUCAAUCAAAUACAAAAUGGAGUUUAUCGUGGAGAAAGCGUGGAAUUUCAACGAUAAAUAUGCAAUACCAAUUACCGUAAUUAAGUCACAGCCUCUUUCGCCGACAUUGAGCGAAAGACCUCUUCUUCGUCAGUUAACACGCAAUAUUGGAAUAUUCGGAGGUGGACCAGUUACUUUAGUGGCAGAAUUGCCUAGAGUUUGUGUGGUGCGCGGCAAUAAACUUACACUUCGCGUCACUGUUGACAAUUGUAGUAAUACUCAUGUAGACAAAUUGAAAUUCUCCAUAAGACAGUUGGUUUCAUAUAUCAGCCAACAGCCACUGCCACAAGUGAAACGUGAAGAAGUUAUAAAAAUUUUCAAAAAGGAAACGGGAGGCAUACAGAAGAAGUCAAGUCGUACCUUUGAGCAUGAACUUCAAAUGCCACUAUGCCAACCGAGUGAUAUUACCUGUAGUAACAUUAUAUCCAUUGCUUAUGAGUGUCACAUCGACGCCAUUCUUCCUGGAUUAUAUAAGAACAUGACACUGGCGCUUCCAUUCGAAGUUCGAUCCCAUGAAAACACUGCACCCACUGUUCCACAAGCCCCACAUAAUCCAAACGCUGUUGUCGGCUGGAUAACUUUAUUUCCUAGUCCAAAUUCAUCAGUGAAUUCACUGUCCAGCAUGGAUCAUUCCUCGCCCAGCCCACGCCAAUUUUCGGAGCUGCCUUGCCCUCAUUUUUCCGAACUACCCAGCCCACGAUUUUCCGUACUGCCGGGCACUUCGGGAAGUAGUUCAUAUUCAAAUAGUCCGACGGCGACGAACUCAUCGAAUAGGAGCAGUUUUCGAAACUCAUUUGCGUUCAGUAGUUUGCCUGGUUCCGCUCCCGCCAAUUUGCCAUCAACUUCAUCACGUUCCUAUCAUUUCGGGACGAGUGACUUACCGCCGCCUUCGUACGAGGAGUUGUUUGGAAGUUCGCCACAAUAUCCUGAGACCAAGCCUUCCACCUCAUCAGUUUCGAACAAUUAAGUGCAAUUGAGAAAAAUUUCACUUGCAUGCACUUUUUCGCUCGCAAUUUGCAACGCCAUAAAACACUCUCAACGCUUCACCUCUCAAUUCAUCAAUUUUCAAACUCAUAAUAUCGAAUUUAUCGCACAAGAGUUCAAUAAGAACUCCCGAAAACACAAACCCUAUUGAACGGAACACCAGCAGGACAACAAUUUCAACGAAACUCAAAACCACCAGAAGAUCAAAAAUAUCGUAACCGCAAUACAAAGACCAUAAUUUUGUAAAUAGAGUUUUUCUCGUUUUCGCUCAUCUCCACGAACAAAACAAAAAGAGAUUUUCAUUUUUACCUCGUCCCCAACAUCCUAGUUUUAACCACUUUUUUAAGACACGUUUUAUCGUAAUUUAUACGACUAUAACCAUAUUUCUUUAAGCGAUGUGACCCGUGCGAUAUUAUCUGUACAUGCGGCACAAAGUCCUUUCCUACAGUUGAUAUAAAAGAUAGUGUUAAAAUAGAUAAGUUUCGUUUUUUGUGAUGUUUACGACGUGUUAUGCAACGGAUCUCCCUCGAAAGGAAUGACUUAUUUCAGAGAAAUAUAGCAUUCGGUCACAUCCCAUAUAAACACAUUUAUUAUUUUUUUCGGGAGAUCUAUCUUCCCAAAUGUGAAAAAUAAAUAUUUUUGUAUAUUUUUCGUAUUUACAAACUUUUUUAAAAGAAUUUCUUAAUAUCACAAGAAAGUUUUUACCGCCAGCUAACGUGAUUAGUUGAAUAAAAGAAUUAGUGGUUCAAUUGAUUAGUUGAAAGAUUCGAUUGAAUUGUGAUUAUUUAUUGAUUGAAAUAUAAAUAAAGUAUAUAGAUAAUGA